CCAAUCAUCUCUCCUCCAGUAUCAACCAGUAUAGUGGCGGUCAGUCGCGGUUCAUUGCGGUUGUUGCCCUUGCUAAAAUAGGGAGUUUAAUUAUUCGUUUCAGAUAUGAGUUGUGGUUUCGUUACCUGUGGGCCGAAUGAGGCCCUUGUUGUCUCAGGACUCUGCUAUGGCAAACCACUCUUGGUACCUGGAGGACGAGUAUUUGUCUGGCCUGUUUUACAACAAGUACAAAAGAUAUCCCUGAAUACAAUGACACUCCAAGUUGAGAGUCCAACUGUAUAUACUUGCCAAGGUGUACCAAUAUCUGUUACUGGAAUCGCACAGGUGAAGAUUCAAGGACAGAAUGAAGAAAUGCUUUCUACAGCAUGUGAACAAUUUCUUGGAAAAUCUGAGGAUGAGAUACAUGAUAUUGCGUUGGUAACUUUGGAGGGACAUCAAAGAGCUAUAAUGGGCAGCAUGACCGUAGAGGAAAUUUACAAGGAUCGCAAGAAAUUUAGUAAGGAAGUGUUCGAAGUCGCAAGUAGCGAUCUCGUUAACAUGGGAAUUACUGUUGUUUCAUAUACAUUAAAAGAUAUUCGUGAUGAGGAAGGGGCAAAGGGUUACCUUAAAGCUCUUGGAAUGGCCAGAACUGCAGAGGUAAAGCGUGAUGCGAGGAUCGGAGAAGCUGAAGCACGCAGAGAUGCUCAGAUUCGUGAGGCAAUUGCAGAAGAACAGCGUAUGGCAGCUCGUUUCUUGAAUGAUACAGAAAUCGCUAAAGCUCAACGAGAUUUUGAAUUAAAAAAAGCCGCUUAUGAUGUCGAAGUACAGACGAAGAAAGCUGAAGCAGAAAUGGCUUAUGAACUUCAAGCUGCAAAGACCAAACAGCGAAUUAUGGAGGAACAGAUGCAAGUUAAAGUAGUUGAACGUGGUCAGGAAAUUUCUGUUCAGGAACAAGAAAUGCAACGUCGUGAAAGGGAAUUGGAUGCAACUGUAAGACGUCCUGCUGACGCUGAGAAAUUCAGGUUAGAGAAAAUGGCCGAGGCUAACAAACUACGACUCGUAAUGGAAGCUGAGGCAGAAGCUGAAGCCAUAAAGAUUCGCGGAGAUGCAGAAGCUUUUGCUAUUCAAGCGAAAGCAAACGCAGAAGCUGAACAAAUGGCGAAAAAAGCCGAGGCUUGGAAGGAAUACAAGGACGCUGCUAUGAUUGAUAUGAUGUUGGAUACUUUGCCUAAGAUUGCUGCCGAAGUUGCUGCUCCGUUAUCACAAGCAAAGAAAAUAACAAUGGUGUCCAGCGGUAAUGGCACAAUCGGAGCAGAAAAACUGACAGAGGAAGUAUUAAAUAUUGUUUCACGUGUACCGGAACUUGUGAAGAACAUGACUGGCGUGGAUAUUUCAAAGACCGUGCACGCUGCAUAAGCAGAGAGCAUUCCAGAAUUUGUUUAACAAAUUUUCAAUCACUAAUUAUAUAUAUAUAUAUAUAUAUGUGUGUGUGUAUAUGCUUAGCAAUCGCCGAAUUCUCCAAUUGCAACAGAAAUCAUACUUCCGCAUAUAGACAGAUUAUAUACAAUUUUCUGUAGAUGAAUAAUUGCGACGCAGUCUCUGCAAACUCGUUCUAAAGAUUGUGUACUGUAAUUAAUUUUUUGUGAAACUGAUAUUGUAAAUGUAAUCUCAUGAAAUUGCAUAGGAUGCAGGUUAGUGAAAGUAUCGAAAACUAACGUGUAUGCGAAUGAACACUGACUCUUCGACAAAUAUAAAAUUUAGUCCGUAUUUUAUAAAAAAAAAAAAAGAAAAAAGGGAAAAGCAGACAGCGAGCUUGAAAACGCAGUGAUUCUAAUCGAUAUUACGUUUUCAUUACUGUCACGCAUUUUAUUGCUUAUUGACCUUUAUUUUACAGAAGCUUUUAUUAAAAUUUAAUAAUAAUUUUUUUAAAGUCAUAAACUAAAAUGAAGAAAAAUCCAUAAUAUAGCCUUCUUUUGCCUUAUAGUCGGUCUAUGAGUAAAAUAACAAAUGUCCAAUCGAAACACGUGUUUUGUGCUAAAGAUUAUCGUACAGCAAAAUUUCCCAAUGGCCAAUACAAAGACUCUUACCUUUGGUAAGCGUAAUGAACGGCUGUCCUUUGAUUUAACACACAUUACCUUUAGCAAAAGCAUAAACAAUGAGAGAUUUUGCUACAGGCUUUGCACUUUUCCAUCUGUGAUUGUAAGCUAUUUUACACCUGGACCAACUAUAAGAGAGUAUGAUAUAUUAAUUUCAUAUUCAUAUAUCAGUAUCUAGUCUUAACCGUGCGUAAAUAAUUUAUGCCAAUAAGUACCGAAUAUCUAUUUUAAACAUUUUACCAAUUAACAUUAAGCCUUUCCAAAAAUCGAUGUAUACAAGGUGGAAAGCAGGUAUGAUCAUCUCGAUAAAUUAUAUUAUCGAUCGAAAACAAAACAUAUAAUCACUAAGCCUCCUCUGUUAUUAUUGUAUACACUGUUUCUUGUCAAAUACAUGCUAUUUUGGCUUUA